AUCUCCUGAAAGUGCCAGUCACCCUCCACUUUGGCGAUAGGCUCGCCUAAGCUCGCGCAACAGAAUUACCCCAGACUACUGAGCUGCAUACCCGAUAUUGCUGAACGGACCCAUAAAGAUCCUCUAGCACCAGAUGGGGUCCGGACGGCUGUCAUGGUCGGUACCCAGAAGAUGCAUACGCAGGGCAAGACACGUUCCAAGACCGGGUGCCGAACAUGUCGCAUCCGUAAAGUGAAAUGCGACGAGGAGAAGCAUCCAGUCGAAGGCCAGGAGCCUCAGUGCCGACGAUGCACAGCAGCACGCAUCAAAUGCGAGUGGAAAGGCGGACCUAUUCCGCGCAAGACUUCCUCUCCUGCAUCAUCCUCGACUUUGAGAAUCAACCCCGAGAAACCAUCCCCGCGUGAUGCUGGCCGGUCCGACAAAGCUGGUCGAAAACGACUUCCCCCGCAGCAAUCUGUCAAUUCCUGCCAAGCGCCACUUCUUCCGUUGCAUAGAAUAGGAAAUGGGGACCGUAAUCAAGUCCUACAAGCGGCAAACUCUUUGACUCUAUCUGCCUUUGACCGAGAUUGUCUCAGUUACCUCCAAAAUUCAACCCUCGUCAUCGUCCUCGGCAAGCAUUGGCCAUGGUCUACGAUCUCGUACGCGUACCACCGAAUCGCCGUCAAUGAGCCUAUGGUCAUGAGUAUGAUGCUGGCGAGUACUGCAAGGGAGGUACAUCGAUCACGACUUUAUGAUCAGGAGGCGCUUUCUAUCAGCAGUUUGAACUCAGGUUCCGGGGCUAAUAAUGAAUCCUGUGAGCUCGACGGGCGGAUGCAUUACGGUCGAGCAUUAUCAAGCCUUCGUCAAGCCCUGAGAUCCGGUGUCAAAUCGCCACAGAAAAUCGAGGCUAUUUUCAUUACUUUGUGGUUGAUGAUCGACUACGAGAAUCGCUUUGGAAGCGGUGCUGCGGCGAUCAACAUCCAUAUCAGAGGCAUUGAGAGCCUCCUUCACAAUCAUGUUGUCCCAUUUCUCAGGGGCCGCGCUCAGCAGCACUACGAACACUCUGGACCCCUGCAGAAGUCAUCUCCUGCCCUCACCUUCCAUAAUGGGACCUCUUCUGUCCGUCCACCAGCGGAUCUUAUAUCGCCAGCCACCGGUGAACAAGCUGCUGAAGCCAGCUCUGGUCCACUUAUUUCACAGCCAGAUUCUGCCGAGGGGCUUGGAUGUACCUCAGUACCUCUCUUUCUCCUCUGGACGUUAUAUUUCUUCACCCCAGCAGCAUUAUUUUUCGGGCCUACGACUGGGCGUCUGGACUCGGAUAUAUUUCACUUUUUCCUGGGCAACGACACCGAUGAAACAAUACCCUUGACACUGGCAGAACUAUAUCGAAUUAGUAGACAGUCACCUUCUCGAUUCUGGGGCGAGACAUACCCAAUGUCUGCCCGAUUGGAUGACAUGGAGAAUCUUCCGGCACUGACCCUUUACCAUCGGAGUCAUGUCAUGCAAUUCAAGAUCACUGAACAAUUCAAGCGAGGCGCACCUACUGAGACAACAGUGGACGAAGUAUCCCCCUACCAGAAAAUCAUCAAUGAGAUCAACGUCAUCGCGCUGGAAUAUGACACCGUCCUUACAACCGUCAGAUCUUCUCAGUCCUGCGAUAUUGGUGAAGUUCGCCGGGUUUUGGAGACAAGCCACUGGGCUGCAAUUACAUUCUACAGCACCAUUGUCCUCUUCCACCUUUGUUUCCAGGACAUCAUCAACAAACAUCCGGGAACUCAGGUCCACACCAAACUGAUACCUCUUUCUUCCGCAGUAUCGCUGGUUCUCGAGUUGAGCCUAAAGCUACAUCGCUCCAGGCCGCACCUGAUUGUUCGCAUUACAUGGCCUUUAUUCCUAGCUGGCAUUGCAACAUCAGACCGAAUAUACCAAGAUUGGGUGUCGAUCAGAUUGAAAGAACUCGGUCGCUUUGGACAAAACUAUACUCGAAUCGGUCGCCGGUUUGAUGAAAUCAUACAGGGCGGGCAUCCGUAUGUCUCUGAAAAGGAUUUUCACUUUCUGGCGAAUGCGGAAUAG